AGAGAGAGAGAGAGGGGGGGAGAGAGAGAGCGUUAGUGAGUAGGCCUUCUGUCUCGUACCAAUUCGCCGAAGGGUGCGAGAGUGUUUCGGUCGGCCCCUUGAAACAACAAUCACUCACCGUCGUUCGUGCCACUUUAUAUACUUAGUCGUUUCUUUCUUAUUUGAAAAAAAAAAGAGAGAAGUAAGAAAUAGGGUAAGUUGAUUGGCAAUACGCGCAAAAGUAUUCUUCAAAAGUUCAAUCUUCGCGCGAAAUUUCAAGAUAUCGUGCCUCGAGUGAGAGAGGAAGACGUAGCACCUUCGAAUGACCGCCGCAUCUCGUAAGAAUCUCCUUCGAAGAAUUUCCACGACCGUCCUCGAUAGAGGACGGAAGAUAAGUGUCGAUAUGUCGGCGUUGAGCACCAGCUCUUAUAGAUCUGAAAUAAUUCUUUGCUUGGUGAUCUUCCUGGUCCCACAAUGCACGCAUUCUGCGCCAGUAUACGAGCAAGAUACCACAGAAGUCGCAGAAUACGAUGGAGGUGCAACAGGCUGCUACUACAACUUUCAACAUUACCAGGAAGGUGACAGAAUCAUAACGAACGAGCCAUGUCUGAAUUGUACAUGUCAUAAUCGAAUGUUGAUGUGCUACUUGAGAGUUUGUCCUUUCUCGAAGGCUAUCGGACAGGACUGUACGGUCGAAAAAAGACCCGAUCAAUGUUGUCCCGUGAUCACUUGUCCGGAAGUACCAGUCCAAUUACUUACGUCGACUACCAAUACUCCAGCCACAUCCGACUCGACGGAAAUUGGCUUUCAUGAUAAUUAUGGAUGUAAAAUAAAUGAUCGAUUUUACCCUGACGGCGCCCAAUUACCGCUCGAUCCUCAGAAUCCUUGCGAGCUUUGCUACUGCAUCAAGAACAGAACCACUUGCGUGAUACAGGAGUGCACGCUACGCGUGGCAGGAUGCAAACCUGCCUACCAACCGGGUGUAUGUUGUCCGGUCAAGUACAACUGUGAAUACGACGAAGAACUUGAAACUACGGUUGGACCUAUAUCUGGCCUCAUCAUGACCACUACGAUUGCUCCCGGUAUAGCACCACAUUGUUAUUACGAAGGUAAAUUUUAUGAAGACGGCGAGUUGAUUUACUCAACACAACCUUGCCAACACUGCUACUGCUUCCGUGGCGAUAUCGCUUGCGCCAUUCAAGACUGUGGAACGCCUAUGAAGACACAUGGAGAAAACUGCACUGCUCUACCACCGCCCGAAGGAGAAUGUUGUCCGACCACUUACCAAUGCGAGGACAAUGGUCAAAGUGGAAGUAUAACUAUACCAGAAGGGAUAGAGCAAACCUCCGAAAUUAGUCAAGUACAAACAAUGGUAACCAUUUCGAAGAAAAUCGAAGAACCGGAAAAACAAGAAUUUGCAGUUACAAGCGAACCAUUCUCUGGUGCUGAUAACGCGAUUUCACACGAUUAUGAAAUUAAAGCAGAACAAACUGAAAAAUCUAUUAAAGCUGUAGAAUCUACUGAAAAGUCUGCGGAGACAACAGAAGAAAAAGAGAUUCCUGAAUCUGAAACUAGUUAUGGUUCAGAGGGAAUAAAUCUUCCCGAAGAACAUGACAUAAAACUGGCUCCUGUAAAUGUACCUAAUACGGAAAUUAAGCCAACCGACGGAGCUCAGAUGAUCCAGAAUCAAAACACACAAGCUCCUAUCUUGAUAAAAGAAUCUGAAAAAACUAUUUCAAUCGAGCAAACUGAGACACCUAUUCCAACAGAAAGGAUCAUAAUACCUAUCUAUACGGAAAAAUCAGAAAUGCCUCUCGUUACAGAAAUUACCGAAAAGCCUAUUACUAUAGAAAAAACAGAAACAUAUGUUUUUGAAAAACAAACUGAAAUCCCUAUCACACUUGAAAAAUCUGAAGAUGCGUCCACUAAACUAUCCGAAAGUGUAGAAGAAGCAACUGAAAUUUCGAUAACCGAAAUUAUGCCACCAAUUUCUUCGUCUCUAGAAGGAUUAGAAACCAAAACUGAAACCGUAAAAAAAGAGCACAAGAUUGAACAGCCAGAAAGUACCGAAGAAAAUGUCACUUUAGAAGAACAUCAAACUGAAGCAGUAACAAUUGAAGGUGCAAUGAAAGCAGAGGAAUUAACUGAACAUUUGAUUAGCGAACAAGAGCAUACUGAGAAUACAUAUGAAUUAGUACCAUCGGAAGAAACAACAAAUCCUCAAGGACCAAGUGAAGAAUCUGAAAACUCAACUGAAAUAACAGUUUCUGCUGAAGGAGUGUCAGAAAAAAUUAUAGAAACAAUUAGUCAAUAUGAAAAUACAACGAAACCAUUUGAAGACGAAAAACAAUCAAGCCUUGAUACGAAAGAAAGUGAAAUUCCGCAGGAAAUCGCAGAAAAAGCUACUACGUCAAAACCAGAAAAAUCUCCAAUAGCAGAAAUAACUGAGUCUGGAAAACCUGUUGAAAUUAGCGAAUCGGGAAAAGUUGAACCCUUCGAAAUUACUACCGGUUUACUAGGAGUUCAAGAAAUUGAACAACAAUAUCCACCUACAAAAACAGAUAUAGAGCAGAAAUCUGAAAGUUCAGAACUUGGAUUAGAGUUGAAAGAAAAACUCCCACCUCUUGCCCCUAAAAGAGAUGAUUUUGGCUCUCCUGGAAUAGAAAUUAAUCAACAGCCAUUUAUCAAAGAACCGAAUGGAACAGACAUAGACAAACAAAUUUUUGAAAAUACACCAGGAUACAAAACAGAAGAUAAAGAAUCAAUUCCGGAAAUACAUAUAAUCGAAAGUAAUGUUGAUAUUAAAAAACCAGAAAUGCAUGCUCCUGAAAGUCUUGUAACUGAAACUCCAGAGGAAGCCGUUACGUCUGAGACAGCUUCGAUUUCUAAAGGUAAAACAUCUACUAAAUACGAAGAAAAUAAAAUAGAAACUGAAACAAAAGCAGAAAAACCUACUGAAGAAACGAUAUCAAAUCAAAAAGAAACAUCUACCGAGAUUACGCUUAUUGCUUUGGACACUAAAGCUACUCAUACUCCAGAAUAUCAUGUUUCUACGGAAGCACAUACUAUACAAGAGGAAUUUGAGAAUACUGAAAAAUCAAUCAUAUCUGAUGUCACAGACACAGUAGGUUCUCUAUUUCAAUUGACAGAAAAAAUAGUUACCGUCGAAGAAUUACCAACAAAAGGUCUUACUUUAGUAGAAUCUGAAGAAACUUCGUCGGAAGAAGUGAGUUCUGAAAUAUCUGAUGACAGUAAAGAAGCAAUUCCAGGAAAAGAACGAUUUAACGUGGAAGAAGGUAAAGCCGAAGUGAAAUUACAAAAACCAUCUCCUGAAAAAACCUCAACUGAAAGUUCUAUUUCUAAAGAAGAAUUAACAAGUAUACCUACUAGUGAAAAAUCAGUUAAAGAAGGUGUACAAACAAUUAGUGAAACUUCAUCUGUUAAACAACAACCAGAAAUUCCACAAUCCGAGAUACAACCGACAGAAACUAACACACAAGAAAAACAAGUUACUAUUAUAGAUACUGAACAGAAAGAAUCUACGGAAACGCCAAAAGUAAGUCGACCGAGUGAAACUGAACAGAAAGAAUUUAUGGAAACGUCAAAAAUUAGUAAACCAAGUGUAAUACAUGCUGUGAAUGAAAUCAGUGUACCAGAAGAAGCACAGAUCAUGAAAAUAACUGAACCAAUAGCUGUAAGUGAAGAAACAACUAUUGCUUCAGAAAUGAUGAGUAAGGAAAGUAUAGCAAAACAAACGGAAGAACAUGUUCCUGAAACAACUAAAAUUAACGAAAAUAUUAUUCCAGAGGAAGUGUCAGAGCAGUCAGUUAUUCUAAAUAAUAAAUCAACAGAAAGCAUUGAAAUAGCGGAAACACAAACAUCGGUACCUACUGUAAUCGAAGAAGAGCCUUCUCUAGAAGGAAAAUCAACAGAAAUACCUUUAUUAGUUGAAAUAGAGCAUACAUCAACACUAAUUUCUGAAGAAAAAUCAAUUGAAGAAUCUGAAGAAGAGAAAAAAUAUGAAGUGAUAUCCACAAAAGAGGAACUUACAGAGAAAACACUAACCGAAAUACAAACGACCGAGAAAUCUAGUGCUAAAGAAGAAUCAAAGGAAGAAAAGAAGACUGAAUCUUCUGUUCCCAGUAAAUAUACAUCAACAGAAACUUCAACUAUAGAAGUUAAAAAUAUAGAGAUUUUUAGUGAGCCAUUUACCGAAAAGAUAAGCAAAGGUGAAGAACAGAAAUUUGAAGAAGAAAAAUCUACUGAGUUUGCUGUCGAAGAAGGGAAAGAACCCAUAGUCAGUCUUGAAAAAGAAGUGACAGAAAUAAUUACUGAGCAAAAACCAAGUAAAAUUUCAAUUCCUGAACAACCCGAAAUAUCUACUAUGAUCUCGGAAAGUGAGAAUGGUGUUUUUGAGGAUAAUAUUAGAAAACAAUUUACCGAACAAGCUGCAGUAAGUGAAUCAUUUUCUGAACAUUCUGAAUCGACUACUGAAUUUUCUAAAGAAACGAUAUCUCCUAUAACAAAAUUGAAAGUGCCAAUAGUUCUUUAUACCGAAGAAAAAAAGCAUCCAGAAACUGAAACUUCAAUGAUAAAAGAAUCAUCUACUGAAAUUCCAAUACAGCAAGAAAAAUCUACCUCCAUAGAAUCAAUCUCUGAAGAACUAUUCCCUACAGAACAAGAAGAAACUAUAGAUACUACUAAAAUAUCUGAUGACAUUAAUGGAAGUACAUCGCAACCAGAGGAAUCAUAUAAAAAACCAACUAAGGCAGCAACCCCUGUUGAAUCAUUUAUGACAACAAAAGAACAAGAAAUUGAGGGACACACUAAAGGUAUUUUUGAAGAAAAAUUAGACAAAGAGGAGAAUCACGAAUUAACGAGUUCUAUUGGCACAUUGACGGAAAUACCAAUUAUAAAGGAAGCAACAGAAAUACCCGAAACAGAAGAUAAACUUCAAAAAACAACACUAGAAAUUGACGAAGAAAAAACAACUACGAAAUCUAUCGAGACAUAUGAGGAACACUCAACGAUUGCACCUUUUAAAGAAGAAAUAUCUACAGUAAAACUAACACUAUUAACUAGAGUAUCUUCUGAAAGACCAAUUGAAUACUCAACUGAACAACAGCUUGCAGAUAUUACAGAAAUGAUAUUAACAAAUGAAAUAACUGAAUCAGCAGAAUCCAAACCUAUAUCUUCAGAUAUACCAGGUGAAGGUAAUUGUCUUGUUGAUGGACAAUCUUAUUAUAAUAACUCGGCUAUACCUCCAGCAAAUCCUUGUCAAUUGAGUUGUCAAUGUAUUAGCAGUAUCAUCCAAUGUGAACUUAUCCUAUGCCCACCACCUCCAACUCAUCUGUUUAACUGUAUGCCAGUACAUACAAGUGGAGCUUCAUGUUGUCCAAUAUACACAUGUGAUUCCACUCCUACAAUUGAAUUAGAAGCAGAAAACCAUAUGAUUGAACACCUCACUCCGAAAUAUGAAGAAAGUGAAAAGCCAGAACAUAUAACCUCUAUUCCCAAAGUUACAGAAAUUACAUUAGCAUUUAGUGAUCAUACAGGUGAAGGAGAAAAUCAAGAGCAUGUAUUAUCUCAUCCACACACUUUAGAAACUGUAUCAGAACAUGGAAGUGAAACAGUAAAAGAAGAAUCACUAGUAGAAGAACGAGUAACCAUUAGUCCAAUAGAAUCUAUUAAUGAAAAAUCCACAAUUGUUCAAGAACAUAAAAAAUCACAAGAAGUUUCAUCAAAAGAACCUUUCAUCAUAGAUACAAGCGAGCAAUCCACAAUAGAAUCUACAUUAUCGGUUGCUACACAAAAAACUGAAGAAAUUACCGAUCAAGAAAAAGAAAUUGUUAAAUUUUCAUCUUCUACCGAGGAAUCAAUCGUAGAACAAAUUACUGAAAAAGUAAUAUCAAGUUUUACUAUUGAAUAUGAACAUAGUACCGAAAUUUUUACAAAUAUAUCAGCUCCUGUUGCUACAAAAACGGAAACUACUGUUUUAAUGGGAGAAUCCGAAAAGAUACCUGAAGGAGAUAUGGCGGAGGGGGUAUCAAUAGAAACGACUGAACAAGCAGAAACGAUGAGCGAAACUUCCAUGCUUACUGUCUCUGAACUAUCUAAUGAAGUAACAGAAGGACAAUAUAAAAAAUCUGAAGCACCUGGAGGUGCUCAGAAAGUAAUUGUACCUACUGAAAGUGAUAUUACUGUUACCGAAAAAGAAAUAGCAGAAAGUGCAGAAUUUGAAGGGCAAACAAAAAUAGAAAUAGAAACGACCGAAGAAAAAGAACAGCCUGACAAACUAAUUGAAGUAACAUCUGAACAGCCGACUGAACAUUACAUCAAUCAAGAAUUUACAGAUAUUAAUAAAUUGGUAGCAACAAGUGAAGUAAGUCCUCAAGCACCUAAAGAAGCAAAACCUAUGCCAGUUGAACACAAGAUGAUGGAAAUUUCAAAUAUAAAUCCAUCAAAAUCCAAUGCAGAAAUUUCUACUGAGAUUGGCUUAUUCAUUACAAAUGAUCAAACCGAUAUUUCUAAAACUGCUACUACCACUGAAAGUGAGUCUGUGUCUAGUUAUGAAGAAAUAACUACACCUACUAUUGAGAACAGUCAAUCUACUAAAGUUCAAGAGAGUGAAAUUUUACAAGAAGAAAAAGAUAAAACGAUUGAACAAACUACAAAAUCUAUUCAAAAGUCUACGGAAACAUCAACACAACAAUCUACAGAUCAAACAGACGUUCCUAUGGUAUUUGAAAAACAAUCAGUCGUACACAUAGAAGAAACACCGAUACCACCAAUAUCGAAGGAAACAGAAAGCAGUACUUCGACAAAGAUAGGAUUAACAGAACGUAUCGUUACUCUAAAAAGUGAAAGUCCCUUAUCCUUUGUAGAACAUACAGGAUCAACAAUAGAAACUCAAACAUCAACAUUUGUUUCAGUCGAAGAACACAAAGAAAAUGAAGAAAUACCCAAAAAAUCUGAACUAACACAGAAAGAAGAAAAACCGGUAGUUACAACUACGGAAAAGAAAAUCUCAGAAUUUAUUGAAGUUCAAGUUACAGAACAUAAUAUAAAUGUGGUAGAUUCUACUACACCUACCAUAGAAAAGCAUGUAACAAUGACAAUAGAAGAAGAGACUAUGAAAUUUGAAAAGAAAUCGACUAAGGAACCAGUUCAAGAGCACACGACUCUAUCGAUUUCUCCAAUACACGAAGAAAUAUUUGCAAUCGCAACACCAUAUAACGAGAAAACUUCUGAAAGUAUUCCAAUGGAAAAAGAACAAACAGAAGAAAAAACUCUUGAAAGUAUUGAAGGAGAAACGGUAGGUUCCAAUACCAUUAUAGAAGAACAAACUAUUUCACCUGGCAUAGCAAUAAUUCAUGCUGAAGAGGAGCGUCAACAACCUGAGGAAAUUAUUCAGAAGCCUUUCAAGGAAGAGGCAAUAACCUCUACAAGUAUUAUCGAAGUACAACCUUCUUUACCCAUAGACGAAGAAACUGAGCAGCAUCCAAGCAAAGAAGUUUCUCUUAAUGUUGAAAUUUCUCCUACAGUAAAAUCAGAAUCAAUAACAACUGAUGUCACGGAACAGGAUGAACAAAUUGAAGAACACAAACCAAAAGAAAAAGAACAAGUACAUAAAGGACAGCCAAUUGGAACUUCAGAAAUUAGUGAAGUGACUGAAACAUUAGUAAUUGUUAAAGAAAAACCAGUUGAAUCCUCUACAACAAAAGAAAAACCAAUUGAAUCUCCAACAUUAGAAGAAAAAUCAAUUGAAUCCUCUACACCGAAAGAAAAGCAAAGUGAAAUUUAUACACCCAGUGAUUUUUCUAUGCCCAAGAAAGAACUAAUUGAAUCAUCUACAUCAGAGGGACAACCAUUUGAAUCAACGUCACAAAAAAAGCCAAUUGAAUCAUUAGCAUCGGAAGAAAAACCAAUCGAUUCAUUAAUACCAAUAAAAGAUCUAACUGAAAUUGAACAGGAAACAGAAGCACCAAUCAAUAAAGAAGAAAUCUUGAAACUGUCUACAUAUGAAGAUAAAAUUGAAAAGACAUCGGAAAAAGCUCCAUUUGAAGAAACGCAAACCACUAUAAAAGAAAAUGUUUUUAAGAUACAUCUAAAAGUCAGUUCUACCGAAACAAUUCAGACAGAACCUGUUGAAGAGCAAAAAGGCAGCAUAACUGAAAAACAUUUUAUAACUCCAAUCGAAGAAGAAAUAUUGGAAAUACCAGAAAGCACAGAAAGUAUUUUAAUAAAAGGACAAAAACCAACAGAAGAAACCGCAGUAACAGAUCAUUCAAUAACCGAAGAAAAAGCAACAACAGUAUCAGCUAUUCAUGAAGAAAUUCAACCUACAGAAGCGCCAGUACCUAUCAAAGAAGAUCCUUCCAAAGGUGAAGUAGAAACUACAGAAACAGUAGUAUCUAACGAGGUGACAAUUAAAGAACAAUCUAUAACAGAGCCCAUAACUGAAGAAUCAAUGACUACAUCAGAAGAAGCACAAAAGAGUAAGGAAGAAAUCACAAAGCCUACUCUUUCAAAAGAAAAACCUGUAUUACCUAGCCUUAGCUCGAUAACGGAAGAAGUUGAAAAGAAAAUAACAACAGGACCAAUUGUAGCAGAAGAACAAGGACCAGAAAUUUUGUCAGAAAAAGAACAGAAUGCAACGCAAUCGUCUACCGAAGGAUUCAUUACAAAGUUACGACCUAUACCGACUGAAGUAUCGAUCACUGAAACUUCUGAAAAAAUUUUAGAAAAAGAUCAUGAAGAAGACCAAGAAGUACAAUCACACGUCGGCGUUAUUCAACCCGACUCUUCUUCGCAAAUUCCACAGACAGAUAAAUCCGAAGGUCAACUAACUGUCGGAUUAGAUGAGGAACACUUACAGCCAAUCAAUCAUACCAUUGAAAAUUCUGAGCCAAUUUUGGAAGAGCAUCAUAUGACGAGCAGUAUAACACCCCAAACAGGCGUAGAAUAUCCCGAACAAACAGUGUCCGGCGAAGAUAAUCCUCAUUUUCCCAUGCACGGUGGUAGUUACCUUAAUCCCGAUGAAGAUUACGAUGAAGACGAUCAGGCGAUUUAUGGACCUGGCACUUGUAGAUACGGUGGAAAGGUUUACAUGUCUGCCCAACAAAUACCAAGAGACGACCCAUGUGAUUUUUGUUUCUGCUUUAGAAGCGACAUUAUCUGUCUUCAGCAAAGUUGUCCACCACCGAUACCAGGAUGCCACGAGGAACCUAUUAGCGGUUUCUGUUGUCCUAGAUACGAGUGUCCUGUAUCCAUGGCUACGUCUCUUAACAUCACUACAACCACAACCACGACUACGACUACGUUACCCCCACACUUUUUAACGCAUGCCUAUAAAGGCGCUGCAAAACGAAGCGGAUGUCAAAUUCGAGGCCAAGCAUACCAUGUAGGCGAAGUUAUUACAUCCGCGUCCGGUCCAUGCCUUCAUUGCACUUGCGGAGGUGACGGCAACAUGAAGUGCGAUCCACGAGUAUGUUCUCCGGAACCAAUGCUGAGGCAAAUGAUCGCCGCAGCUACAGCCAGAAGAAGGAGAUGAGUCGUUCACAAUGGUCCCCUGGAUCUAUCCCGACGAAGAAGCGAAUAAGGGAGCCAUGAAGGAAGUGUUGUAUAAAAGUGAAUUAAAAUUAUUCUAAACUACCUAAACGUCGCAGAACACAGACAAUAAGGUGCUUCGACGUUCACGAACCGAGUGGCCAAAACGUAAACGUUUAUAUUAUAAUAUUAUAUUAUGUUAUAUAUAUAUAAAAACAAAAAAAAACAAAAAAAGGAAUGAAAGGAAGACAAGAGCAUAAGGGAUGAAGUCAAAAGAGACGUAUGGAGAAUUUUAAUUAACGUAAUGAGACGCGCGUUUCCAGUGCCAAAAACGUGGCGAAUGAAGAAUGAACUCGUAAGAAAGGAAGUUUCAACGAAAUAAGGGAAAACAGGAAAAAAGGAUAAAAAAUUAAGAAAUACCACUUUCGUGUUGGUUCCAUGGUCAUAUUUCAUUCUAUGUCUUAUACCAUUUCCUAUAAAAAUAUGACUCAGUCAAAGAAAAAAAGGAGAAAAAAAUCGUAAAACGAAAAUUAUUUAAAAAAGAAAGAAAAAAAAUGUUUGAAAUUUACGACUGUGCCUUCGUCAGUGUCGUCGAGAGUGGCAUUAUUUUCGUUUAUAGUGGCAGCUGAGCAACAGCAACAUUGAAAAUCAUCAGCAUCAUUCUCCAAAGAAUCCUAAGUCCAACAAUUGACGGUAGGAUGCUAACGAUGAACAAGCUAAAACAAGAAGAACAAAUAUUAUAAAUUUGGAUAAACGAACAUUCGUACAGUAACAUUAUAACAUCGACUGGAAUCGUAGGAUAAAAUAUUUUGUUAUGCUCUCGAUUCGUUUGUAACUAACGAAUUCGUUCAAAAAUAAAAUCGUGAUCACUUUAUACACAUAAUUGCAUAGAACAUAAUGUUUCUCGUACGAUUCGUCCACAUGUGAUUGAAAAAUCGAAAAUGAAAGGAUUUUUCAUUGCACCCGUCGCUCUUGUAAUACUAUUGUAAGAAGUUGGAACAUUAGCGAUUAAAGAUGGUUCGAACUAUUCACGAUCGAUGAAAAGAUCUUUAUCGAGUUUCAGCUGCCGUGUGUCAUGUUUAUAUGAUCAGUCCAUAUAUACCCACAUAUAUGUGAGUAUGCAACGUCUACAGACAUUUGAAUACGCUCGAAAUGGCACUUCCGAAAUAGUCACUAUAUCUUAUAAACAAAUAAACAAAAUAUUUCUUAUCUUAUAAAAAAAAAGUAACGAAGAAAACGAAGACUCGAAAGAACGAUGCCAUUUUCUUACGUAUCCUAGUGUGCGUGCAAGUAUUUGCGUGUGUGCGUGGUCAGCCGGUACAUAACAUAUAUAUAUGCACAUACACACGUGUAUAUAUGUGUGUGUGAAUCUAUGUAUAUUAAAAAAGAAAAAAAUUGAAAAAAUGGUGAAUGAAAGAUAGACGAAAGGUACGCGCAAACUCAAAGCUUAAACAAACGGCUCGCGCGGAGGACCGAUUGAGAAUUUGCUUCUCCGGCGAGCUGGCAUUAUACGUUCAUAAGUGUGUAUAUAUAUAUAUAUAUAUAUAUAUAUAUAUACACGCACAUACAUAUACAUAUAUAUAUACACAUAUAUAUAAUAAAAACAUAUAUAUACAUUUAUAUGAUUCUUUAUAUAUACUAUACCCCAUUUAAUACUUAACGAUAACACGAUGUUCUACAUCUUUGUACGAAAUUAUAAUUAAUACUCCUCUAUGACGAAAUGAUCUCCCAUUGUUCUCCAGUCUCAAAGUAUCAUGUUGUAACGAAGUUCAUUUCUUGCUUUCUCCUUAAGGUAAAGCCACGGUUAUCUCAUUCUGUCAUAAUAUUCCUCUGUUUUAUGAGGAAGAAUCAAGUCAAUUACAUAUUCUUCUUUGGCCGAUCCAUGCUAUGAAUAAUCGAUGGCAUACGAAAAUGAUAGAGUCGUCAUGCUUUGAGACUUCAGAACGUUGGUUAUCGUUUAAUAUAAUAGAAAAAAAAACGCUAUAUCGUCGCAUAAAUACUGCGCAUACUGUCUGUAUUUAUAUUGAUAUUACUGAUAAUUAACCAACGACUAUAUGUCGGUGUCCCGUUUUACUGGCAUGAAAGUAGCUCAUAAUACCUGUACUCGUUUAUCGAUUAAGUUCGUCUCUUGAAAGGAAAUAAUGAAACGAAAAAAAAAAAAAAACAAAAAAAUAGGAAUGGAAAAGCGUCUAGCGAACUUUUAUGUAAACUCUUUUAUACAUAAAUGGGUCUCUCUGUUUAAAUCAAACAAUGCAACGAACAUCGACGGCGUAUUCGUAGAGCUUCCAUAAUAGCUCAUACGUGAUAUAAAUGGCCAUAUUGAUUAUCGUCAUUAUUACAGGAGAGGAAAAAGCUAUCGAUAGACGUUUAAAACGCUUUUAUUUUACGAAAAGUUUCUUUCACAUGAGACACACUUACGAAGUAAGGGAAACAAUUAUAAAACGUAUAAUAAUGAUUCCGUGAAGAAAAAAAAAAAGAAAGAAAGAAGGAAGUUGCAACAACGUAACUCUUUGGAGCUAUCUAAAUCGUUCAUUUAUCUGUAUCUAGUAUAAUAAAAAUGCCCAAACAUUUUUCAAUAGAUAUGAUUUCGAUAUACACGACACCAAAAUCCAUUCUCCAUAAACACAAUUUCAAGUACGAUUAAUAUAUCCAGCUUUAAUUUCUAUUUUCGAUUGUCGAAUUAGCUGUUCGCAUAUAUCAAAAGAUUUAGUAAUCAAUUGAUAUAAAUUUGAAAUAUACUUUGUCUUAUUUUAGGAUUAGACAAUGUAUGAGGAAUUAUCACGCAUGUCGAGUAAAAAAUUCAAAUGCAUUGCCAUUGUAACUUGGCAUUCGUGAAAGCCAAGUAAAGUUUUUCCAAACCAACUUUCUUAGCAAUUAAUCUAGCCUAGUAUUUAUCUUGAUAUUUUUCGCACUCAUAGCGAUAAUAUACUGAAAGUAUAAUGAAUAUCGAAUAUAUAAUAAGUUAAUGAUAAUGAUAAUAUACGCAUAAUUGUAACGUAAGGCAUACGAUUACGGCAUAUACUUAGAUUGUAUGCAUAAUUAAUUAUGCAGCUUUGUCGGCUGGUUAAAAAAUUUAACAAUUCGUUAUCGUCAAAAAUAACAUUCUUCCUUGUGACCCAGCCAACUUUAUAUAUCAAUCAAUAUACGAUAUACACAAAAAACAAUAACAAAAUAUUUAUGUACAGAAUGAUGACCAAUUUCUGUCUGUUUAUAUAACAUUAGAUAUUAUUUCAUUUUUUUCUAUUUGCAUACUGUAAAAAGAAUGUUUUAACAUUAUAGAGAAGUCUUAUAUUUUUCUGUAACGUUCAAUAUUAAUUGCCAAUUAGAACAAUAUGCUUCAUUAUACUUUCACGUGAAUAAAGCAAAUUUAAGCAGACUAAAAAUGAUUGCUGUAAACACAGAAAAUAAACGCGAUAUUCAGUACGCCAGUAUACUCAAUAGUCUAUAAAUUUCUCCAAAAUUGUUUAUAUUCGAUUACGUGAUUGCUAAUGACAAUUGUCUCUUCCUUUAGAGUAUAAUCUGCUAUCGUCCUGCUGCGUAUCGUUAUAUGUAUGUGAUAAAUGAAGAAAACAAUCGAACCGUGAAUAUUUCAAAUGUUCCCGACUAUAUGGAUAUGUUAGGCUAAUUUUCACAGUACGUGCUAGUGUAAAGUGUCCUUUUAUAUAAAUAAAUGAUUUUGUAUGUCAUA